GAAAAUUUAAUCCAACAAAUUAUUAAAUACUCAUAACACCAACCAGCCCUAUAUUAAAUUAAAUUAAAUAGCUACAAGUACGACCAUCUCCUCCGCCGCCUUUUGCAAAUGAAUGUUAAGAGUGACGCGUAGGGAGAGGAGAGAGACCGCGUAGGCGCGUACGCAGCCAGGCCUUACCGCUCUUACUCGAUGCCUUUGACAAAGCAGCGUGCCUUCGCUCUGCUCCCACUCCUCUCUCUAUAAAUAUACUUGAUUGCGGGUCUGAAUUCAUUACCGUCCCCACCGCCCUAACGAAGAACACCACCAACACCAGCCAGGAGGACGAACCAAAAACGAACUCCAUCUCCUCAAAUUUCCGAAUCUACGGCGAGAAAUUAUCGAUCAUCUGAUCUUCAGUUCAAUCCAUCUCCCGAUUCACAGAUCAAUCAGCGAAUUAAGUGAUUAAUCGCUAUUACAUAUGCCGAAAAAAGGUAUGAGGAGCAUCCUUUUCAAGCCCAAUUCAUCCCCUUCCCACUCCCACCGCCCUUCGCCGUCGCCAACCGCUACUCCUCCCCGCUCUUUCCCCGCCUCCCCCAUGGAAGAUCACGCCAUCGACGCUGCCCACUCCCUCAUCACCAAGUGGGACGGCGAGUCCUCCGCCUACGCCAAAGUCACCUCUCUCUUCUACGACAACAGAGGAGAGGCCAUGCUCUAUCUCAGGGCCGUCAAGGACUUGCAUUCCGCAAUGCACUCCUUCGCCAAGCAAGAUUCCACCUCCGACAGGCUCCUCCGCUCCCAGCUCCUUAUGCAAACCGCCAUGAAGCGCUUGCAAAAGGAGUUCUACCAGAUUCUCGCCGCAAAUCGAGAAUGUCUCGAUCCGGAAUCGGUUUCGGUCCGGUCGUCCCGACCGUCCGUCACCGGCUCCAGCAUCUCCGAUUUCGAAGAGGAAUCGGUCUCCGACGACGAGUUCCGAGCCGCCGGGGAGUCGAUAACGGAGGUGGAGCGACUUGCGUCGCUCGCCAUGGCGGAUCUCAAGGCCAUUGCCGAUUGUAUGAUAUCGACAGGGUAUGGUAAAGAGUGCGUGAAGAUUUAUAAGGUUAUCAGAAAAUCGAUCAUCGAUGAAGGUUUGUAUCACCUUGGAGUUGAACGAUUGAGCGCCUCACAGAUUAACAAGAUGGAUUGGGAGGUUGUGGAGCUGAAAAUCAAGCAUUGGCUGUACGCUGUGAAGACUGCGGUGAAGACACUGUUUUACGGAGAGAGGAUUCUCUGCGACCACGUCUUCUCUUCCUCUGAUUCCAUCAGAGAAUCGUGCUUCGCGGAGAUCUCGAAGGAAGGAGCCAUUUCACUGUUUGCAUUCCCCGAACUAGUCGCCAAAUGCAAAAAGUCGCCAGAGAAAAUGUUUCGGACGCUGGACCUCUACGAGGCCAUCUCCGACAACUGGCCGGAAAUUGAAUCAAUAUUCUACUUCGAAUCAACGGCCUUUGUCCGAUCACAAGCCAUCACUUCGCUCAUCAAACUCAGCGAAUCUGUCCGGACGAUGCUCAGCGACUUGGAGGCCGCGAUUCAGAAAGACAAUUCCAAGUCCCCACUCCGCGGCGGUGGCGCCCAUCCUCUCACGCGAUACGUGAUGAACUACUUAGAUGUCCUCGCCGAUUACAGCGGAGUACUCUCCGACAUCGUCACCGACUGGCCAUUGAAAAUGCACUCUCCGCUGCCGGAAUCUUACUUCGGGAGUCCGAGCUUGGACGACGCUCCGACGUCGGCCAUCUCCGUCCAGAUCGCCUGGAUCAUACUCGUCCUGCUCUGCAAACUGGACGGCCGGGCUGAGCUCUACAACGACGUCUCCCUCUCCUACAUCUUCCUCGCUAACAAUCUCCAGUACGUCGUGAACAAAGUCCGUGCAUCGAACCUGGUGUACAUUCUCGGCGACGACUGGGUCACGAGGCACGAAGCGAAGGUGAAGCAGUACACGGCGAACUACAAACGCAUGGGAUGGAGCAAAGUUUUGGCAUCCCUUCCGGAGAAUCCGACGGCGGCGAUGUCGCCGGAGGAGGCAAGGGAACGGCUGAAGAACUUCAACGCAGCGUUCGAGGAAGCUUACCGGAAGCAGACGGCGUGGGUGGUAACGGACCCGAAACUCCGAGACGAGAUAAAGAGAGACCUAGCGAGGCAGCUGGUGCCGACAUUUCGGGAGUUCUACGAGAAGUAUCGUGGGGCGUUCAGGGGGGAAUUGUUGGUCAGAUUUGCUCCCGAUGAUUUGGACAAUUACGUGUCAGAUUUGUUUUACGGAAUGGAAGCUUCAGGGAGCACCUCGUCAUCGUCGUCUCCGUCUCUGUCACCGUCUCCGACACCGUCUGGUUCGUCGCACUCGCGUCUGUGGAGAUUUUCGCGUUGAGCGGCCACGGCAGUUAUGAUUGGUCAGGGCGAUGGGACCCAUAUUCUUUUUAUUUGUAAUUAUCUAUUUUAUUUUUUAUUUGGAUUAAAGAAAAUAAUAAAAUUGGAAAAAUGAUUUGAUGUGA